GUUCCACACUGACAUCAUGCGCCGAAACAUUGAGCAAGGGACAGGCAGGUGCGUGUUUGAAGGGCUGCUGUUGUGACGCCGAUGAGGUCAACAGCAGGCAGGCACUGGCGUGCCGUCGUGGUCGUCAACGCCAGGUGCCAACCCCGGCUGUCGCCUGUCUCAUGUUGCAGGCGCAGCCGCCUGCCUUCUGCUGGACACUCGCCUUUGCUGUGGCAACUGACUGCACUGCAUGGCUACCGUGUCGCCAGCCGCUGACCACAUUUCCCCGGAGGUUAUGGACACGACCACCUAUUUCCAUCCCUGGUCGCGCCGCAUCAUCGCCGACUUUGAUUUUCGGCCCCGCAUCGUCGUCGCUGCCUCGGCGUCAUUCCUGAGCAACCCUCAUCACAUGCAGCCUUCGGGAUGAUGCAACUGCGAGGAACGCUCUAUCUCGCGAGAAACGCUCUACCUCCGCAGUGGGCCACACCCCGACACGGACCACAGCGAGCAUGUCGCACUCACUGCUGCGCCUCUUCUGUCGCACCCCCCGGCGGAGGUCAUGGGUUGUUGACGUUGUCAAGAACACCGCUCUGCGGUCCACAGCAGGGACGAUGACGCAGGGUCUGGUGGUGCUCGCUGUCGAGGCAGAUCGCGGGGCAGCUCGCUCGGCAACGGUAGCCAGUCGAGGCGAUGGGGAUGCUCGCGAGGCGGAGUGGAGCACCACCGCCAUCCAUGGGGCAAGCGACAACUCGAUAUAUCUAUGCCUCGAGAGCCCCUCACCUCAACCAGACACAGCUCCAUCCCAACCUCUCGAACCAAGAACAACUAUAGCCACACAAGACAUCACACAAUGAACCCCGACCGCCGCGACUACGGUGUUGGGCACACUAGCUCCGGUAUCGCUGGCACUGGUGUCGGUGCCGGCGCCAUUGCCGAGGCGAAGAAUGACAUGGACCCGAAUGUGAACACUCGCAACACGGGCCAAGGCAUGAUGGGCCACGAGACGAUGGGCCACAACACCAUGGGCCACAACACCAUGGGCCACAACACCAUGGGCCACAACAACAUGGGCCACAACGCCAUGGGCCACGGCACCAUGGACAACACCAUGGGCACCAACACCAUUGGCCACACCAGCUCCGGUCUUGCCGGUACAGGCAUCGGCGCCGGCGCUAUGGCUAAAAUCAAGAAUGCCCUGGACCCCAACGUGAACACGGAUUCCACCGGCCACCACCAGACCGGCCACCGCCACGACCACACGAUGGGCCACAGCACCAUGGGCACCAACACCGUGGGCACCAACGCCAUGGGCCACACCAGCUCCGGUCUUGCCGGUACGGGCGUCGGCGCCGGCGCCAUGGCCAGCGCCAAGAACGCCAUGGACCCCAACGUGAACACCCACUCGUCGGGCCACCACCACACCGGCCACCACCACGACCACAGCAUGGGUCACAACACCAUGAGCCACGGCCACCACACUAGCACUAGUCUCGCCGGCACCGGCGUCGGCGCGUCCACAAUGGCAGGCAUGAAGGACACCAUGGACCCCAACGUCCACUCGCGCCACACCAACGUGAGUGGCGGGACCCACACCUCGGGCCCGCACACCAGCACCGGCAUGGCUGGCACGGGCGUCGGGGCGGGGCUCGCAGCCGACGCCAAGAACAAGAUGGACCCCGCCGUCGACUCACGCCCGACCGGUGACAAGAUCGCGGGCUCCCCGCCCCGCACCCAUGCGGCAGUGCCACGCAGCCCCACUAGCCCGACGGGCGCCGCCUCGGCCUCGGGCCACUCGGGGAUCAAGGACCCGGAGCAUGCCGAGGCCGCGCUCGCCAUGCUCGAGAGUGGCGACGCGCCCUUCUCGGCCGCGAUGGGCCGCGACCCCAUCACUGGGGCCAAGCUGCCCAAGGGAAGCACGCUGGCCAAGGUCGCCGACGCGGUUGCGGGCGACGGCGAUGUCAACGCCGCCGCUGCGCAUGCUCGCACGUCUCUCGACCGCUCGAGUAUGAGCGACACGAUGAGCCCCACUACCGCCGCGACGCUUGACGCUGGCUCCGUUGCCGCUGAGCGCCGCCACGUGGGUGACAGCGCCGACGUGCGCGCACUCGGGGACAAGAUGGAGGCUGCGCGCCUCGACGACCGGGACACCAACCGCCACCAUGUUGGCCGUGACGCCGCCGUCGUCGGUGGUGCCGCCGCUCUCGGCGCCGGUGCCAUGCACCACCACAACAAGAAUGAGCGCGCCGGUGACCACACCGCUGGCCCGCACACCUCCACCGGGCUGGCUGGUACUGGCCUCGGCGCCAGCACUGCUGCCGACAUGAAGAACAAGAUGGACCCCCGCGUCGACGCGACCACGGGCCACACCACCUCGGGCAUGCUCGGCUCGGACAGGCACACAAUGACUGGCGACAACCGCGAGCACCACUACGGCCGCGACGCCGCUCUGGUCGGUGGCGCCGCCGCCGUCGGUGCAGGCGCCAUGCACCACCACAACAAGAACGAGCGCGCCGGCGACCACACCGCUGGCCCGCACACGUCCACCGGCCUUGCUGGUACUGGCCUCGGCGCCAGUACUGCUGCCGACGUGAAGAAUAAGAUGGACCCCCGCGUCGACGCGUCGACCGGCCACUCCACCUCGGGCACGCUCGGCUCAGACAGGCACACCAUGACCGGUGACCACCACGGCCACCACGUCGAGCGCGACGCGGCGAUGGCUGGCGGCGCUGGCGCGCUUGCGGCCGGUGCGAUGCACCACCACGACAAGCGCGAGCGCGAGAUGGAGCACGCGGCGGCUCCCCUCUCGACCGGUGCACGCGCAGACGUCACCACGUCGAUGACCCCUAGUGAUGCCGCCUACCGCCGUGACCACGACCGCCUCGACCACUCGGGCCGCGAUGCCGCCGUUGGCGGUGGUGCCGCCGCGCUCACUGCGGGUGCGCUCCACCACCACGACAGGAACAGGCUGGUGGACGACUCGAUGCGCAACGAUUCGAUGACCGCCGUUGCUGGCAGUCCGGCCGGCGAGCACACCAACCCGAUGGGCUCCAACCUUACGAGCUCCAACCCGAUGGCCUCCAACGUCCACACUGGCGACCACACUGCCGGCCCACACACGAGCACCGGUAUCGCAGGCACUGGCCUCGGCGCGUCCACCGCCGCCGACAUGAAGAACACGAUGGACCCCAAGGUCGACUCGACGACGGGCCACGCCACCCGCGAGCGCGGCCUCGACACUGGCGCGUUCGGCAUGAUGGCCAACAAGGAGCAGCCGGCGGACCCCAACCGCAUCCCGCCGCACACCAGCACCGGGCUGUUCGGCACCGGUGUCGGCGCCGAGGCCAUAGCCAAGGUGAAGAACGCCCUUGACCCCAAGGUGGACAUGAGCCUGAGCCCCGACAACACCAACGACGCGACGAUGCGCAACCGUGGCCCCGGUCACAUUGCCAUGCCUGCCGACAACGACGCCCACCCCAACCUCUUUGCCAAGGCCGACGAGUCGCGCGUGGUCGACAACACGCGCAUGCCGGGUGCUUACACCGACCGCGUGAACGAGGCCAGUAAGAACAGCGCCAAUGUGGUCGUCACGCCUGUUGAGGAGCACUCGCGUAUCUUCUAA